CGCAGAGGGCAGAAAAAGAGCAACAGAGAGGGUUAAGAGUGGGUGACGUAAAAAAAAGGUACAAGAAAGGAAAGAAAAAAAUGAUUCCCCUACCUGCGGCGGAUGAACUGAGACAUCGCACAAAAAGACAGGGCAAGCAAGAGUGACAGACAGACAGAAAGAAAAAAGAAGGCAACUGACAUAAUAGCUUAGACCAGGUCAUCAUGACAGAGUAAUCAUCAAUUCCUUGGUAACUUGCGUAAACGGAUCGAGACAUCACUUCCAUAUUUGGAGUUAAGGGGUGUGUAGUCAACAGACUUCAUAUGACUGCACAAAAACGCUCACACUGAAGGGAUCGAAUCGAAAAAACACUGAACGCAGCCAAGAUGGGAGAUCAGAAAUGCAGGACAUGUCCGAAAGGAAAAUAUAUGUUUGCCAGCUGCAAUGCCACAUCGGAUACAGUGUGUAAAAUCUGUCCACGGCGCACAUUUAUUGAUCAGGAAAACAAACUGAGCCAGUGUCGAGCCUGCAGGGAGUGCUCCAUCGCCAACAACAUGGAGAUGGAAAAGGAGUGUAAGGAAGACAAAAAUACAGAGUGCAAGUGUAAGCCGGGAUACUACUGUACACACAUAAGUGAAUCCCACUGCGAUAACUGCACGCCCGUCUCCAAAUGUCCUCCAGGGAAAGGAGUUGCCUUUCAUUACACGUUCAAGACAAACACUGUGUGCAUCCCCUGCCCAGUGGGGACCUACAGCGAUGUGGACGACUACAUUUCCAGCUGCAAAAAUUUUACAAGUUGUGAUAAUUUGGGUCGACAUCUGGAGGUUCCUGGGACCACAAAAUCAGAUGUUGUGUGUGGACAAUUUAAAUCAUCUUGUUCAUGGAUGUUACCUGCUAGCCUGUGGGCGGGGAUCGCGACUACUUCGCUGAUUAUUUUUUUGAUCCUGUUUAAAAUUUAUUCGAGAAACAAACGUCAGUCAAAAAGAUUAGAGAUCUCUUUAAGCCACAUCUCGCCAGUGCUUCCUCCAGACAUCCUGAAAUACCCUGCAGACUGUGACGUGGAGAAACACGCAGAAUGCCAGCAGCUCACACAAUUAGUUGGAAAGUACCCGGAAAUGGACAGCAGCAUACAGUCUGAUGGAUUCUUGCCAACUCUGAGAGUGUCAGAGAAAUACAGGCCCUCAGGUGCAGCAAACGGAUAUACAGGCAGCUUCACAAGCCACUCGAACUAUCAGUCAGAGCCACAGGAGUCUGAAUGGAACGAUUAACAUCCUAUUAACCUGACAAUUAUCUUCAGUAUAGAGCGGCUUCAUCUACCAGCGUAGGAGCUUUCCUUCUCUUCUGGUAGAAUGUGUAAAUAACUAAAUGUAUUUUUUUUUUUUUUUUUACAAGAAAAUAUUGAAUAUACGUUUUACAAUAUAUGUAUGAAAUAUGUAUGAAAGCAUACACUGCAUGUACCAGAUACUGCAGGUACACAGUAUGUUUUUAUUGUAGUAAUGAAAAUAUACGGACAAUAUAAAAGUUGUUUCAUUUCAUUUUAAUAAACAAUUGGUGAUUAAAUAAUCCUUGAUUGGGAA